UCGCUCGCACGCACGCACGCACACACACCCCAGUCCCAUCAACCUUCAGAUCAGUACAUCCCACUAUGCUUUGCGAUGGUCUGACAAGUGGAUCCAAGAUGGCGUAGAAAGUAAAGCUAGACGUUUUGUCCCUGAGUCAUGGCAGACAGGAGAGCGGAGAAGUCAUGUGAAGAAGCCAGCAGAUCGUUAGCCAGGCGGGAGUAUGAGGUGGCAGUCACCCACAGUACGGACGCCCUUGUGUUCCUUGCACCACAAGCCCCAUCCUCUGGUGCCCCUGUCCCACCGAGCCCCACGUCCCUUAUUGCCGCCGGGUCCCUGCGCAGCCGUGCACUGCUCUACAGAAUCGCUGCCUUCCUGCAGCUGAAAAACUAUGAUGAAGCUGAUGAAGACUGCAAACAUGUCCUGGCAGGAGAGAUUGCCAGGGGAGACGGUUCGCUACAGGCCAGCUUGCGCUCCAUGCUGUUGGAUGGCAGCUUGCAGGAGGUGGCCAGCAUCCUCUCUAAAGCCUUAUAUGGAGAACCAAUGAAUGGUAUUAUCACAAAGGACCUGACUAGAUUGAAAAUGCUUCUCUCAGAAAUAGAGGCUAUAAAUAGGGAGAUGGCACCACCAGAAUACACCGAUGACCAGGAGGAAGAGGUCCAAGAUGGCUGGCAGUUCCGGCCUCCUCCCCGAGGAGUCACCAGCAGUGAGGAGUAUACCCUCUGUAAAAGGUACUUGGAGCAGGGUCUGUGUCGGUAUGGGGCUCAGUGUACAUCAGCCCACUCCCAGGAGGAACUUAUGGAGUGGCAAAAGCGCUAUGCGUCACGCCUCAUCCGCCUCAAACAGCAGCAGGAGAGCAAGCACUUCACUGAAAACUACAUGGAGACCCUGAUAGAGAAAUGGAUGAACUCCCUGUCCCCAGAGAAAGUGCUGAGUGACUGUUUAGAUGGAGUAAAUGUUGAUACCAGCUCCAGCCUCUCUGUUACCGUUACCACCAAAAAAUCCUCCCACUCCUGGACCUUUUCAUUGUUGUGCAAGCCUGCUAGAAAACUGAAUCGCGUUGCCUUGCUCUAUGAUGCGCACCGACCACACUUCUUCAUCACAGGUGUAUCAGAUGGGGAGCGGCUCCAAGCCGUACCCAAAGGCUGCCAAGAGUGGACUCCAGGAGAAGAAACAGCAUUACCAGCAGACAAUGGCCUUGACCACUGUAUCUACAAGGUGGCUGUGGGCUUCAGCACAGAGAUCUUUGGUACCUUUCGACAGACUGUAGUUUUUGACUUUGGUUCAGAACCUGUGCUGAUGCAGCGAAUCAUGGUGGAUGCUGCCUCUAUUGAAGACCUGGAACACCUAAUGGCAGCCAGGCAGCAGCUUUUGAUGACUGCAAAACGCUGGGACUCUUCAUGUAAGACCAUUGUAGAAUUUAGUCCUAAUGAGAUGGCUGAUCUGGAGCGCAGCCUUCUUUCGCGGUAUCAGAUCCCUUUGUCUGCUGACCAGCUCUUCACCCAGUCAGUCCUGGACAAGACUCUGACCAAAGACAAUUACCAGGCCCGACUGCAUGACCUGCUUUACAUAGAGGAAAUUGCACAAUAUAAGGAAGUUAGCAAGUUUAACAUCAAAGUCAACCUCCAGCUAGUCACUAGCUUCAUGCUCACUGGCAUCUCUGUUGGAGCCAAGUAUGCCCAAAAUGGGCAGCUCUUUGCACGUUUUAAACUCACUGAAACACUGUCUGAGGACACAUUGGCUGGGAGGCUAGUGAUGACCAAGGUGAAUUCAGUCCUGCUGCUUCCAUUGGGCCGUGAAGGGUUCAUCAGUCAGCCACCUCCUGGAGUCAAAGAGCGUGUUUAUGAGGCUGUGAUUGAGGAGAAGACCAAGGAGUACAUUUUUCUAAGGAUCUGCAAAGACUGCUGUGACGAGUUGGGGCUCCAACCUGACAGAGAAUUACAGGUGGAGCUUCAGUUCCAGCUCAACAGACUGCCACUCUGUGAGAUGCACUAUGCCCUGGAUCGCAUCAGAGAGAAUACCAUCCUUUUCCCAGACAUUAGCCUUGUUCCUACCAUCCCAUGGAGCCCCAACAGGCAGUGGGAUGAGCAGCUGGAUCCUCGUCUGAAUGCAAAGCAGAAAGAGGCUAUCCUGGCCAUCACCACACCCAUCUCUGUCCCCCUGCCCCCAGUCCUGAUCAUUGGGCCCUAUGGCACAGGCAAGACAUUCACCCUGGCACAGGCUGUCAAGCACAUCCUUCGCCAAGAACACAGCAGGGUCCUGAUCUGCACCCAUUCAAACAGUGCUGCUGAUCUUUACAUUAAGGACUACCUUCACCCUUACGUUGAAGCAGGCAAUCCGCACGCCAGACCUCUCAGGGUAUACUUCCGGAACCGCUGGGUGAAGACAGUCCACCCAGUAGUCCAGCAGUACUGUCUCAUCUCCAACACGCAGGUCACUUUCCAAAUGCCCUCGAGGGAGGACGUCCUCAGGCACCGUGUGGUGGUGGUCACCCUCAGCACCUCCCAGUACCUCUGCCAGCUUGACUUGGAGCCUGGUUUGUUCACUCAUAUCCUGUUGGAUGAAGCGGCUCAGGCCAUGGAGUGUGAAACCAUCAUGCCUUUUGCUCUAGCUAGCAAGACCACCCGUGUUGUGCUGGCUGGAGACCAUAUGCAGCUCAGUCCAUUUGUGUAUAGCGAGUUUGCACGGGAGCGUAACCUGCAUGUGUCGCUGCUGGACCGACUGUAUGAGCACUACCCUCCUGAGUUCCCCUGUCGCAUCCUCCUCUGUGAGAACUACCGCUCUCAUGAAGCUAUCAUCAACUACACAUCAGAGUUAUUUUAUGAAGGAAAGCUAAUGGCAAGUGGAAAACAGCCUUCCCAUAAGGACUUUUAUCCUCUGACGUUCUUCACAGCAAGAGGAGAAGACGUGCAGGAGAAGAACAGCACUGCCUAUUACAACAAUGCUGAGGUCUUUGAGAUUGUUGAGCGGGUUGAGGAGUUGCGUAAAAAGUGGCCAGUGGCCUGGGGUAAGUUGGACGAGGGCAGCAUCGGAGUGGUGUCACCGUAUGCUGACCAGGUGUUUCGCAUUCGUGCUGAGCUUCGUAAGAAGAGAAUGCAUGAGGUCAGCGUGGAAAGAGUGCUUAAUGUUCAAGGUAAACAGUUCCGGGUGCUGUUUCUCAGCACGGUAAGGACGCGGUACACUUGCAAGCACAAGCAAACGGCCAUCAAGCGCAAAGAGCAGCUAGUCGAGGACUCAACAGAGGACCUCGACUAUGGUUUCCUCUCCAACUACAAGCUCCUCAAUACUGCCAUAACCAGAGCACAAUCACUGGUUGCAGUUGUAGGAGACCCCAUAGCACUGUGCUCUGUUGGGCGAUGCAGAAAAUUCUGGGAGCACUUUAUCUCCAUCUGCCAUGAAAACUCAAGCCUUCACGGCAUCACCUUUGAGCAGAUCAAGGCACAGCUGGAGGCCCUGGAGCUCAAGAAGACCUACGUCCUCAACCCACUGGCUCCAGAAUUCAUCCCUCGAGCCCUCAGGCCCCUACAGGGGCUUCACUCUUCCUCACAGCCCCUCCACCCUCACCAUCAUGUGCAUCCUCAGCACGUGCAGCCUGCGUUGAACAAGCAAGGCCCACAACAGCCCCAGCAGCAACAGCAGUCACCGCCCAAGGGGAAACAUGCAAACCACACAGAUCAUCUUCCACCUGAAGGAUACAUCCAACCAAACCCAGCUGUGCUGAUGGGAAACCCGAUUCGGGCAUAUACACCACCACUGGCUGGGACACCUGCUGGUAUAGGCAAGUCUCCCAGUCCUGUGCAGAGGAUAGAUCCUCAUACAGGCACCAGUAUCCUCUAUGUGCCAGCUGUGUAUGGUGGAAACAUGGUGAUGCCCGUGCCCCUACAUUUACCAUGGCCAGGUUACCAGAACAGGUUUGCUGUGGACCCUCGCAUCAUGAGCCACCCAGCAGCCAUGGCCUACAACUUUAAUCUGCUGCAGGCCCAGAACCGAGGCUCCCCCCUCCCUUACAGUGCCGUUGCCCAUCCCUCUCCCCUAGGCAUGAGUCAGCCAAGCCCAGACAAGGAACUACAGGCAGACACUAUAAGAAACGGGAAAUUAGAAGCAUGUCCAAAGUCAGAACAGAACCGUCUUCAGACACCAGAGAGAAAAACAACAGACAUGAAGGAAAAACAGGGAGAUUUAGACACAGGCCAAAGUCGAAAUCUAGACUCACAACUGGAUGGCCUUGUUGGAUAUCCCAAUGCGCUGCUUCAUCGAAAAGACCCCUCAGCUUCGCACAGACCUCUCAACUACCACCUUGCGCCACCCAACCCAGCAUUUCCACCUGCCAGUGGAAGAGCCUUCCCUCCACAGUAUCCCGUCUCCAGGCUUCCUUAUCGAGUUGGUCAGCCUCAGCACCCAGGGAUGGCCCAACAGAAUCCUCAGCAGCAGCAGCAGCAGCAGCAGCAGCAGCAGCAACAGCUCAGUCCUGCUUACACUGGUGGCAGCCAUAAUGCUUCCUUCUUUAAUGGUCCCAUGCCAGCUCACAGGGCUCUCCAGUCUCCUACUUUGGACGGACCAGAUUCUGGAGGGGUGGAAGAGAUGAGCAGUUCUAUUAGGCCCCCAAUGGGCCAUCCAGGAGGUCACCACCCUGGCCUGUCACAGCACAACAGGGUCAACAGCUUUGGGGAGGAUGGACAGGAUGGAGGCUUGGGAGAUGGUUUGGACCUCCAAGGUCCCUUGGCUCUAGAGGCCCUAAGCCAGCAGCAGGCAGCCAGGCUGGGUCAGUGGGGUGAGGCAGCAGGCCCUUUCCUUCAAGGCAGUGUUGCUUUUCCUAUGCCCCAACAGCUUGCCCACCUUGCUCAGCCCAGUAUGGCUCGAUUUCCUCAUCAGCUGCUCCGCGCAGCCAGUUGGGGCUUUAGUGCCAAUAUGGAGGACGAUACUGUUUCUUCUGCCUCUUCUGGUCCAGUUUUCAACAGGUAUCCUGGCCUCCUAAGGGAAAUGCCUCCUCAAGAACAAACUGAACCCAGGGAAGCAGCUGAGAUGCAGCCUCCUCCUCAGUCUCGUCUCCUCCAGUAUCGCCAGUCUCGUGCCUCAGGUGACCCUUCAUCAUCUUUAGGUGCCGCCUCCAAUCAUGUUGGGCCUUUUCCAUCAGGACCUUACUCGCAUGACAUCGGUCGCGACGUCCUUAACGACAACCCUCUUAACAAACCAGCUCUGCAACAGCAACAUCACCCGGGGAACUCCAUGUUCAACACUGGUAGCUACCCACAGCAGCCACCAGCUCACUCUGCCAGUCCCCCACCCGCCCAGGUCAAGUACCUUCUGCAGGAUGCUCAGUGGUCCCACAGUGGAGCUGCAUCUGUGAGCCCGCCACAACAGAACCACCCGUUAGGGAACCAGGGUCACGGCUUACCUUAUGGACUGCCCAUCAUGGCUCACCCUAGCAGGCCAGAGCAAGUUCACCUGAUGCAGCUUCACCAUCAGCACCAGCAGCAGCAGCAGCAGCAUCACCACCACCACCAACAUCAACAACAAAGUCGAGGUCAAGAACAAGAGUCCUACCAUCCACUGUCCCCCAGAACAUCAGCAGCUGCAGCCCUUCACAACGUAGAUGAGUAUGAACCCAGAGGUCCAGGUCGGCCUCUUUAUCAGCGCCGCAUCUCCACAGGCUAUCCAGAUGAACCAUCUCCAGCCAACGCCCACAAUUCUCUCUCCCAGCAGUCACAGCCCUGUACAUCAGAACACCAGGACCACCCCCAUCCACACAUGCAGCAUCAUCAACAGCCACAGCCCUCUUAUAUUUAUCCCUCACCUGACCCCUGGCCUAGUAAUGGUGCAGGUCCCAGCCCGUUCCAAAACAUUCCAUGUAAUGGAGCUGGCACACUUGCGCAGCACCGGGACCUUAUGGCUUCCAAGGCCGUUCGGCAGACAAGUGAGCAGGUUAAGGCUGAGGCCACAGCAGUACAGCAGGCGCACCCACACGCUCUGAAUUCCUUUCAGCACCUUGGACAGUUUCCUCCUCUCCUGCCCAGCAACAAGCAGCAGCAACAACAACAACAACAACAACAACAGCAGCAGCAACAACAACAGCAGCAGCAACAACAACAGCAGCAGCAGCAACAACAGCAGCAGCAGCAGCAACAACAGCAGCAGCAGCAACAACCGCAGCAGCAACAACAACAGCAGCAGCAACAACCGCAGCAGCAACAACAACAGCAGCAGCAACAACCGCAGCAGCAACAGCAGGCACCGCCGCAGACUCCCACAGAGCCCAACCAAGGGGGUGCAAAUUUAAGCAAACCACCGACCAUGUCCUAUGCGAGCGCCCUCCGUGCCCCACCCAAGCCCAGAGCUGUUCGUCCAGAACAGGUCAAAAAGAACAGCGACCCCAUCUCCCUCCUCCAAGAGCUGAGUAUAGGAAGUUCAAAUGGUAGCAGUGGGUACUAUUCCUACUUCAAAUGAGUGUCACCUCUCCCACAUAAGUCGUGUAAAAAAAAAAAAAAAAAAAAAAAAAAACAGAAAAAAGGUAAACAUCUCUUAAAAACACAAAAAAAUAGUUCAAAGUGCAUUUACAGUUUGUUUCUAUCAGUAGGUUUGUUUUCUUUAUUUUGUUUCAUUCUAACCUUUUAUUUGUAACAGUCAUUUUUAUCCUGUGAAGAAAACAAGUAUAUAUAAUGAAUGCAUUACUGUUAUAUAUACAUACUCAUUAUGUAUAUAUGAAUAUAUACUUAUAUUAUCUACACUUGUAUAUGUACGUAAUGCUAAAAAAAGUAAAAUAAAAUAAAAAGGCGAGGCUUGGUUGACCACUUAGCUACCUGCCUAUGUUUCCUUAGUGAAAUUGGGUUUAGGUCAGUUACUAAAAAAGUUUUUAUCGUUUUUGUUUGUUUUUUUUGUUUGUUUUUUUUCUUUUUACUCCUCAGCUUUGAGUUUACAUCUUGAUUUAUUCAUCCUAUUGUCAUUGUGAUAAUGGGGGGGGGAGCUAAGUGUUCAACUGACAGAAACUACAUGGAACAGUGUAUAGAAGUAGAUAAAUUUCCCUCUAAUCUGUACAUAUAAAGAACUAAAGACUGAGUUGAAUGCCACAGACAUGCCCUUAAACUCCUGUAUUAUGUUAGCAUUAUAAAUUGUUUUAUGUUUGCCAGCCUUUGAUCCCUGAUUCUUGGACUUCCUCACCUGGAAAUCUUCGAGUGAUUUAGUAGUAAAUGUGACCAUUUACCCCAAAAAUACAACUAUUGGUUCUGUCUUUUUACUUUUCACCAUUGUCUCAGCAGCAACGGUAGAAACAGUAUAAAUUUGUCUAAAAAGGAACAACCACAUCAUCUCUAUUCUGUUUGUUUUAAGGAUCACAAAAACACCAUAAGUGUUAGUGUAAUAAGAUUUGAGCUGUGUGGCCCAUUCUCUGUCAGAAAAUAUUUAACUUUUUUGUGCUUGUUUUUUUUGACAGAACUAUUCUUGUCAAACAAUAUUCACAGUGGAAGUUGUAUAAAACCUUCUGAAGACCUGAAUUGUUUUUAUAAUUUUUAAAUUUUGCUGUCACUCGUGGACAUUUUUAAGGUUGCAAUACCCAGAGGGUUUGUGAAAGUGAAGAGCGUGGCGUGUGAUGAUUGAAGCUGAGGGUGUUAUCAGCUCUGCCAGUCGAAUGUUUCUGAACGCAACAUUUCAUUUGUUUUACUUUUAUUUUACAUAUAAUAACUAUCGCCCUGAAAUUUCAACGAUAAUGUAAAGGGUGUUGUAGGUUUGACGUUUUUUAUACAUUAAUUAUGUUCUGAAACCCGUUUAUUAUAUACCUGGUCUUUUAGUUUCUCAAAUAUCCAAAGAUCCUUUCUAAUUUUCUCUGUAAGACAAUCUAUAUGGUUUAAGUUUGUGAAUACAUGAACCGUUUAAUGUAUAAUAAACUCUUUCUUGAGCUGAUUUUUAUCAUCCAUACCCUCAAACAUUCAGAUGAUUUGUUAGAUAGAAGAACAUGUUGUCGCAUCUUGGUCAUGUUUUUCUGUAAUCAUACAGUGAGCUGUUCAAAAACAUACGACUGAUGGAGUGCCUGCUUUUAGACUGUGCGUAAUAAGAAUGAAUUGGUAACGUUGUUGUAGUUGUUCCUGGUCAUUUAGUUAUGAAAUGAGAUUAUCCUCUUUAUCUGAUCAGUAUGUUCAUGUGACAUCAGUAAGUGGAGGAUUAUUGGAAAAAUACCCAACCAUGUUUUUCACCUUGCACUGGAGACACACGGUGACCAGGAGCAUUUAUGUUUGAAUUGGAGUCUGUCUGUUCAGCGUGAGGAGGCCUCACGGCUGCACACACGUCAACGUUCCUGCUAAAAUACUCUCAUGCUGGAAAAAAAAUACAUAAAAGGCUUCUACAGUUUAUCUGCCCAUGUUUUUCUUUUUGAUAAAAGCAAUACUGGGAACAGUCGUGGAUGCCUGGUCCGGUCACUGCGUUUAUUGUUAAACGACCACUGCCUCAUCUGCUAGUUGGUGUAAUUGUUAUGACAUCAUCUGCUGUGUCACAGCUGUCCAAUAGCAGUAGCCAACACUUUACCGCUAAGCGCUUAGGAGGUCUGAACAGUCAGCAGGAAGAUUCACACAGACGGGUUUUAACGUUUGACAUUUCACUUCAGAGGUCCAGAUUUUUUGACUUAGUGGAGAACAACGCAUACUUGUAAAUAUGCAUUUUCUAAGUAUUUACAAACAAGAACUUUGGGAGCGCCUCAAUUUUGUAGAAGCUGUUCUAAGAAGAGGUAUGCCCUUUUUAAUUAUGCAAAUUCACAAAUAUGAUAACUAUAACGACCCAGUUGGUAGUUGCAACACCUUGUUGUCAUUUGUUGGGUUUUGUUUUCUGACGGUGUCCGGCUGAUUUCACAAGUAGGAGAGUUUAUGUUGCCGUUGUUCAAAGACGUCUUAUUUCACUGUACAAAAUUUAAUAUUUGACAUCUGAGUUGCUGGAUGUGUCCUGUUUUCGCCACUUCACAGCUGUAGAACAAUCAACAGAGGCUUUGUUUUAAAUGUGAAGGCUGUUUUCUUUCCGUGCAUGUUGAGAUGACCUGGCUGUUGUUAAUCCUUGUUUUUUUUUUAUCUGUUUUUGUUUUUGAAUGAAAACAAAAGUUUUUUGUUCAAUUACACAGUCAAAUUUCAGUAUAUUAUUUGAUGUGUACAGUACCUUGUGACAUUAUUUACAAAACUAUUAUGAUAUUUUACUAAUAUGUCAAUAUGUAAUGGUCAUGUAAACCUUUUUGUUCCCAGUUAGACGGGCUGAAGCUGAGGUUGCUCCCGGGCGUGUGCCCACUUUAUGUCUUUUUCACAAAGCAGUUGUCGGCUGAUGUCUCACAUUGUGCAAUACUAAUAUUUCACGCUUCUUCAGCUACACUUUUAUUUAUAUUUGAAGCAGAAGAGAUUGAGCCAAAGACAUUUUAAAGGGAUUUUAUUUACACAUGUUCUAUAAAUGGUUUUUAGGCAUCAUGUUUAGUUUGUGUUUGAAAGGAUCUUUGUUAUAAAAUGAAGGGUGCAGCUCUUCUGUUCCCGGUAGAUCUGGCCUGCUUUCUAACAUCUUUCUGUGAGUGUGAGUGUGUGUGUUGGGAGGGAGCAUGGUUUGGGAGCAACCUCCUGCCCAGCCAGUAGAGAGCACUGUGUUCUGCCUUCUGUUGACGCCACAUCUCUGCCCGUUAUCUGUUUGCUCUCCUCUGUUCUUCCCCCGCUGCAGUAAAUCAAUGGCACACCUGUUCUCCCAGCCUCCCGGUCUCAUUGGUUCCUCCCUCGUGGAUACAAAAUAAUGAAUAGGCCUGUUUUACUAUUCUUUAUUUUAGUUGGUGGUGGUUAUAAUAAAGGAUUUAGACUGUGUUUUAAAGGUUUAUUUCUUUUUUUUAUUUGUUUCUCUAUUAAAGUGUUUUUAUUGAUA